UUUAUUUGCACAAUUUAGAGCUCGUCUCAGAUUUGCUAAGGGACGCGAAUCUUGUACAACCAGUCAGACGUGCAACCGAGCGACAUGAAGAUUGUUCUGGCGUUUCUCCUUAUCGCGCUUGCGGCUGUGUGCGUGUCUGCCACCUCAGCACCAAACUGCGAGGGCGUGACGUGUGACCCCGAGACGUGCCCCAAGCACGAAUGCCAGUGCGGGAGUCACAAGGACGCCUGUGGCUGCUGCGACUUCUGCAACAAGUGUCUCGAGGAGGAAUGUCAUCCCGAACACAACGACCGUUGCGCCGAAGGCCUGCACUGCGUCAUUGGUGAGGAUGCGACAGCCGGACACUGCAAGCCCGGUGGCGCUUCUACCGCGACACCGGAAGUCAAUGUACCGGAUUCGGAGGCGCCCGUCGACGAGCACCACGCGCACCACGAAGGAGGGGAACACGCCAAGACCGGUGAAGAGGCGCACCACGAGUGAUGGCCACCCAAAACUUCGACGCAGAGCUCUGAGCACCCCAGAAACGCUUGAGUUGACUGUACAUACGCCGCUAUUCCUAUUCUUUUAAUCCCUCCUCACCCCCAUCCUUUGUGAGCUACUGUUGAGGUGUUGCUCCCUGAAGCAGACAGUUACGGACUCACUUUUCUCUUCCUUUCUCUCUUAGAACCACUUAGUAGUCACGUGAAAUAAAUGACGCUGUCAUUGAAAAUAUAUA